GCGGCGAUGGUGGAGCUGGGCUGAUGGCGGCGCAGGCGGCGCUGCGCUGAGGACGCUCAGGGAGCCCUUCCCCACCCCGGCCGCGGCCGCCCCGCCAUGGGCAACGAGGCCAGCCUAGAGGGCGGAGGAGCCGAGGGGCAGCUGCCCCCCGGCCCCACCGCCGGCCCCUCCGCGUCGGCUGGGUCCGCCAAGCCGCCUUCAGCACCAGGCGGCGGCGGACAGCUCCCUCCGGGCAGGGCUCCAGCCGCCGCACCGGGCCCCGCGCAGCCGCACGGACCCUCGGCCAGCACACCAAGAAGACCAGAUCAAUCAGACCCCUCUUUUGGACAGAGAGCAGCUUCCCCAUCCCUUAAGCAGGCUGCUCAGACUAGCGAAAGCACAAGAGUGAUGAGGAGCCACGGGCAGACCAUCCAACAGGCUGAUGGGCCAAGGAGGACACUCCAAGUGGACAACAGGGACCAGAGAUCCGGACGGUCACCAUCUGUGUCACCCGAUCGAGGCAGCACCCCUACCUCACCUUAUUCUGUUCCCCAAAUCGCUCCCCUCCCCAGCAGCACUCUCUGUCCUAUAUGCAAGACAACAGAACUCAUCUCCUCUCCUAACCAGCCAAACUUCAACACCUGUACACAGUGUCACAAUAAGGUCUGCAACCAAUGUGGAUUCAACCCCAACCCUCACCUGACUGAGGUGAAAGAAUGGUUAUGUUUAAAUUGCCAGAUGCAGAGAGCUUUGGGGAUGGACAUGACCACAGCACCUCGCUCCAAAAGCCAGCAGCAGCUACACUCCCCUUCUCUUUCCCCUUCCCAUUCCCCAGCCAAACAGCCGCAGCCACAGCCCCAAGUGGCAACUGGUCCAGAGAAACAACCAGGAACUAUGCAGCCAGGCCCCAGGCCAAGUGCUGGUGUCAUGCAGCCCGAGCCCCCCAAACAACCCGCAGCUUCAGCACGGAGGGAACCACACAGCCAAGUCCAGCCAAAACCUGCUGCUCCUCAGGAAGUGGUGAGAUCUUCCCCUCAGCAUCAGCAAGCAAAGCCUUCAUCCACUGAUCAGAGAAAGACUGUGGGAGACUCCCCAGCUAAGACUCCAGCACCUCCCCCCAGCGCUGGGGCACAAGAGCAACCCCAAGAGGGCCUCACUGGGAAGCUCUUUGGAUUUGGAGCUUCUCUCCUGACCCAGGCAAGCACACUCAUGUCUGUCCAGCCAGAGGCCGCCCCACCAAGUCAACAGUCCCCUGGCAAAGUGCCUCCAAAAAUUGUCUUCAGUGAUGCCAGCAAAGAAGCUGGCCCUAAAGCCCCAGGCACUGCACCUGGAAUGCAGGGUAAGGCUGGAACUGUCCCAGCUGCAAAGCAAGCGAAAGCAGAACAAGUAAUCAAGCCAAAGGAUGUGCCGAAAGAAAGGGUCUUGUGCCCCCUCUGCAAAGCACAGAUCAAUGUGGGCUCUGGGGAACCCUCCAACUAUAAUACCUGUACAACCUGUAAGCAGCAGGUCUGCAACAUGUGUGGAUUCAACCCAACACCUCAUCUGGUGGAGAAAAACGAAUGGCUGUGUUUGAACUGCCAAACUCAGAGGCUGCUAGAAGGAAGCCUAGGAGACCCUGCUCCAAUGCCACUCCCCCCUCCAAAGCAACAGCCAACUGGAUCCCCUCGACACCAACCUGGUGGAAUCGGUCAGCAGCAGAGAGGAGCCCCCCAGCAAGUCACACCCCAGAAACAUGAAGCAUCAGCUUCUCCGACCAGGCACGUUUCACAAGCAAAACAACUCAGGACUUCAGAACAGAGCAAAUUACCAACCACUGUCCAUGAAAAAAAGCCUUCUGCUCCAUCAGAAGGAAAGCCACUCUCCAGAUUUCCUGAACAGCCUCCAAAAGUUUCUGAAAGUCCAUUGCCAAAGGGGAAAAGUAUGGCCACAAAACCAGAAGCAGAUGUCAAAGACAGCGCGAUAAUAUCAGAAUCUCCAAAAAUGAGAGACCAGGAGGAAUCCAGUAAGCCUUAUCCCUCAGACCUGUCCCGUAGCCCCCAAAGUCUGAGUGACACUGGCUACUCAUCUGAUGGGAUCUCCAGCUCCCAGAGUGAGAUCACAGGCUUGGUGCAGCAAGAAGAGGAGCAGCUGAAUGAAACAGGAAUUGUAGAGCAGAGCCCUCCAAGUCCAUCUGAACUCACUAAGCUAGAAAGCAGCAUGCGCCCCCUGUUGGAGUCAAAAGGCUUGACCCAAGAGUCAACUGAUAGGGGGAAAACAUACCAUGAAUUACGAGAAGAACAGAGACAGAGACAGAGGCCUCGGUCCCUUUCCAUCACCCCAGAAGCCUUUGAUUCUGAUGAGGAGCUUGAAGAUAUCAUGGAAGAAGAUGAGGACUCUUUAGAAUGGGAGAACCAGAGAGAACAGAGGGAGAGCACAGAGUCAUCAGAUGACUUUGGCAGCAAGUUGCGCCAUGACUAUGUGGAGGACAGCAGUGAAGGAGGAGGGUUCUCCCCUCUACCAACUAGGCAAAAAGCCAGAGAACCCAAGAUGACUGAUGAAGAGUUCAUGAGGAGACAGCUCCUGGAGAUGAGUGCAGAAGAAGAUAACCUUGAGGAGGAGGAGGAGGAGGAGGAGGAAUAUGAUCGUGUAAAAUACAGCAUUGCAAAAAAUGGACACAAGCCUGACUCUGAAAAAGGCAGGGAGGCUGCCUCAACCAAGAGGCGUCUGCCUCAUAGCUCUGGCAGUAUAUAUGAGGAAGAAAGUAAAGAGUUGGAAAGUACAGAGGGUGAUGAUAUGACUGCAUCUCAGGGAGGUUUGCGACGUUUCAAGACCAUUGAGUUAAACAGCACUAACAACUAUGGAAGAGACAUGGAAAUUAGCCAGGAGACAGAUAUCAGCCUGGAUCGAGAACCUGAACUGGAGAUGGAGAGUCUGACAGGCUCCCCAGAAGACAGAUCAAGGGGUGAAUAUUCCUCUACCCUGCCAGCCACAACACCCAGUUACACAUCAGGAACCUCUCCCACCUCCAUUUCUUCCUUGGAGGAGGACAGUGAUAGCAGCCCUAGCCGCAGGCAGAGACUGGAAGAGGUUAAACAGCAGAGGAAAGCUCGGCAUCGCUCGCAUGGUCCUCUGCUUCCAACCAUAGAAGAUUCUUCUGAGGAAGAGGAGCUGCGUGAGGAAGAGGAGCUGUUGAGAGAGCAGGAAAAAAUGCGAGAGGUGGAACAGCAACGUAUCCGAAGUACGGCACGCAAAACUAAACGAGAUAAAGAAGAGCUGAGAGCACAGAGGAGGAGAGAGAGAUCCAAAACUCCACCUAGCAAUCUCUCCCCCAUUGAGGAUGCUUCGCCCACUGAGGAACUGAGGCAAGCUGCAGAAAUGGAGGAGUUACACAGGUCUUCCUGUUCAGAAUACUCACCAUCUGUCGACUCAGAAGCAGAGGGAUUUGAUGUCAUUGCCUCCAAGCUGUACAAAUCUGGCAGCGAAUACAAUCUCCCAACAUUUAUGUCCCUUUACUCUCCAACAGAAAAAACUUCUAGUUCUGGCUACCCUUCCAGCAAGCCCCUGAAAAGUGCUGAAGAAGCCUAUGAAGAGAUGAUGAGGAAGGCAGAGAUGUUCCAAAAACAGCAACCAUCCCAACAAAGUGUCUCCUACAGCAACACCUUCCAGCAAGUAGGCUAUCGUAGUUCAGAAGGCCAAAAUAAUUUUGAAUACCAAUAUAUCGAUGACUACGGUUUUGAUAGCCGGAAUGUGGAUUCCUCCCAGUCUGACUACCAGAAUGAACUUUCCAAAUCUGGUGCAGUUUAUGAAGAAAUCCUUCAGACAUCACAGAAUAUUUCCAGGAUGCAUCAGUCUUCUUCUCUGGAUCUGACUAUGGAACAGGAAGUAAAGAAGAAAGGGAGGGAAGACCCUUAUCAAGAAAAGCAGUUUCUGAAUGCAGAGAGUGCUUAUGAAAGUGGCCCGCUUACUCCUGGGACAAGCCCCACGCAGCUAUCUGCUCCUGUCUCCUUUUCAUCUUCUGAAAGCACCACUGACAGAAUAAUCCCUGAUGUUAGAGUCACUCAGCAUUUUGCAAAAGAGAGUCAUGAGCACCCAAAACUUCACAGCUCGCCUACUGCGCCCAGCUCAGUUUCAAAGAGUGUAUCAACGCCCUAUACAUAUGCUAAAGGAUCUAGCACAGUCGCCACUGUUGUUUCCAGUCCUGUAAGUGCACCACGAGUCUACAGCUCUCCAACUUCUUUAAGUGGCUCAGAUGCGCCGUCUGUGUCCACCACUAGCCGAAGUUAUAGUCAAACAAAAGGAACGGCAAGUUAUGGCUCUCAAACAGAAAAUGUCACCAGAGUCAAGAGUGUUACAGAGAUCAGUGGGCCAUCAGCAAGAGAUAAACUGCAAAGUAUGACAGAGAGCAAGACAAAUGUUUCUAUGUCAACACCUAAAAUGUAUUCUUUCUUCAAAAGCUCCAGCCCCCCACUUUCCCCUUCCUCUCCUACUCAAAGUCCCACUCAUGCUGCUCCAAGAGUUGGGGUGCCUUUUAGUUCAGGGGUUGGAUCUAAAUCAACCGCUGAGUUUUCCACUCAAACACAUAGCACAAUUAUCACAUAUGAUAUCCCCACUACUACUGCUAUGUCGAUGUCUUCUCCUAUGAUAGCCCAAGGAACACAAACACCCCACCGAUCUAGCUCUCCCCGCCUCACUAGGCAACAGUCAUCGCAAGAAUCCCCCUUUAUGGUCAUCACGUUAGCAUCGGAUGUAGCCAUCCAAACUAAGCCAAUUGGUGCAGGCGCCUCCAUUUCGCCAGCUUCGUCUCCGACUAGACAGGGCCGUCAGCAAACAAUGCACAGUUACAGUCAGACGGUAACCAAUGCAGCGCAACUCCAGCAAGAGCAGCUGCAGUCCACUUACACAAAGACACAAUCUGUGCUGGAAAAAGCCUCUGCUUCUAGUGCUGCAAUGCAGAAAGUGCAAACCACAGCUGCUGCUGACAGCAUUUCUGGUGUGUACAGCUGGGGAACACUCCCUGCAGAGAACAUUUCUUUGUGCAGAAUAUCAUCCAUUCCUGGGACAUCUAGAGUAGAACCUGGACCCAGACCACCUGGCAGUAAUAUUGUAGAUUUGCGGACUGCUAUAAAGUCGACUCCAAUCAUUAUAACGGACCAAGGCAUGGAUCUCACAUCCCUUGCUGCAGAAGGCAGAAAAUAUUGUCUCACGAUGGACCAGUCGCCAAGUCGGCAGUCCACAGCCAUCCAGCCCUUAAUCAUCAAUCUCAAUGCUCAGGAACAGCCUCAUGCAAUCAUAAGCACAGCCACGACAGUCAGCAUCACUGUUGCUUCUUCCAUGCUUGUGUCUCAGCCAAAGCAACCUUCAGUCUACGGAGACCCUUUCCAGAACAGAAUGGACUUUGGUCAAGGGACAGGGAGCGCAGUCUGCCUGACACAUGUUAAACAAGUGGAGCAAGCAGUUCAGACUGGCACCUUCAGAGGAGCUAUGAGCGGCACGAGCAUGCCUGCUUCUGGAGGCCGGCCCGAAGCUGUGGGCCCACAGCAAAUGAAAUUCGCAAGGUACAAUUUGCCCAAUCAAAUGACACCUUUGAUGAAAAAAGAUGCUCUGAUCACUCAGACCAGUAGUGCACAGAAUGUUGUUAGUGCCAUUCCCAGACCGUUCCCUCAGGAUCAAGGCUCAGAAGUAUAUAGAGGGAUGCCAGUGGAACUGAAAACCCAGUCUCCUCCGAUUUCCCUUGGAAGCAAGAAAUCCCAAGUGAUGAUGGUGCAGAUGGAUGAUAUAGCCCCAGGCCCUGUCACAAAACUCAUCAAAGAUGAACCUCCUCCCAACGCUCUUGAUCUCACUGGGAUGAAGCCUGAAAGCCAAGUGCCAUGUUGCGACGUGGUCUACAAAUUUCCAUUUGGAGGCAGCUGCACUGGAGCUUUCAAUCCUUCUUCCAAGCUACCAGAGAAAAACGUUGGGGAUGAAGCUCAUGCUGGCAAACCCAGUGGCCAGUACUAUGGAAACCGGGAACAGGAGGUAUCCGAGAUAUAUCCCUAUAGAGAACAAACAGGACCGGGGGCUAACCCCUAUGACGAACACAGGUUCUAUCCACAUGGGCUGUUUGGGAGGUUGUAUUCAUCCAUGUCUGACACCAACCUUUCUGAAAUGGGUUUGAACUAUUACCCAGUUAAAGGAGAACAGUCAUUCCACUCCCCUGCUGGAGAUUCGGCGGUGGAUUUAACAACCAUGAAACAUUCAUAUAGCGUCAGCUUUACGGAGGGAAGCUAUAUGGGGCAAGGGAUGCAGUACGGCUCUUUCUCUGACCUCAGACAGCCCACUGAUUUGCUAAGCCAGUCAUACCCAAUGCGAAGAUAUAGCUCAGCCUCUAAUAUAUACUCUGAUUAUAGGUAUUCGCCAAGAGCAGACUUGGCUAAUUUUCAGGAAGCCAGCCUGGCUCAUUAUAGCGCCACUACAGCUCGUGAAAUCAGCAGAAUGUGCGCAGCACUCAACUCCAUGGACCAGUAUGGGGGCAGACACACAAACAGCCCAGAUCUUCUCCAGUAUGGACCUAGUGCUCUUGGUGCUGGGCCAGGAGGGAGUGGGAGCAUCUCUGCUCAGCAGGGUGCCAUGAAACCAAACAUGAUGUACAAUCCAAAUUUUCCUGAAACUCGCCCAGGGUUUGGAAACCUAGCCCAGUACAAUCUCUCCAGGAUCGGAGCCGUCAGACAGAUACUCCCUUCCACAGCCACUGUACGAGCUGCUGAUGGCAUGAUUUAUUCAACCAUUAAUACACCAAUAGCAUCAACCCUUCCCAUAACCACCCAGCCAGCUUCUGUGCUACGACCUAUGCUCCGAGGCCUAUAUAGACCAUAUGCGCCAAGCAGCAUCACACCUGUCCCUCUGUCCAACUUGACCAGAGUGCCUGUAGUUACCCCAAGAAUGCCCCUUGCAGCCCAAGGCUUGUAUCGCUAUCCGGUGCCCAGCAGACUCCCAGCGGUUCCAACAACAUCAGUGAUGGAAUCUCCAAUGUAUUUGGGAAAGCCUGCUAGCACCACUGAACCUAGCACUGUUGCCACUAGUGUAAGUUCGGCACCAGCUUCCAAGCCUCCAGCUCCAACUGCUGUUAGUGUGCAAAGGCCCGAGCAAACAGGCACUGUCACCCGAGAGGAGGCUCCCGCCGCAACUUCUGGAGUGCCCGCUACUACCAGGGAGCCCGGCCAAGGACCCCAGCAACCACCACAAAUACCAGUCCCAAAACAGCAAGUGGAAGUUCCGCAAUCCAGUGCCACCAGCAAAGGGGCCGCAGAAAGGGAAGAGAAAGAGAAGGAGGAAGAGAGGCAGAGGAAGCAGCAAGAGCACAUCCUCCAGAUUGAGAGGGAGAGAGUAGAGCUGGAGAAACUGAGACAGCUGAGGCUCCACGAAGAGCUGGAGAGGGAACGUGUGGAGCUGCAGAGGCACAGGGAGAAGGAGCAGAUGCUGAUGCACAGGGAGAUCCAGGAACUGCAGUCCAUAAAGCACCAGGUCUUGCAGCAGCAGCAGGAGGAGCGCCACGCCCAGUUUGCUAUGCAGCGGGAACAGUUGGCCCAACAGCGCUUGCAACUGGAGCAGAUCCAGCAACUGCAGCAACAGCUGCAGCAGCAGUUAGAGGAACAGAAGAGGCAAAAACCCGCCUUUCCUCCGGUAGGUGACCAGGCAGGGAGGAUCCCUCCCCAGGGUGCGUCAGAGAUGGCCAUAGAAAUGCAAAGGACCCUGGCUCAAAAUGGGCAGUACUGGCCACCUCCAAGCCAACCCUUCAUGGCUACGGCAGCUCCAGGGCAAGAUGGGCAAGCACAGCCUCGCUAUGUCGGGCUCCAGAGGCCCCUCACCAACUCAGCCUCUGAAAUGUCACUGCAGACCGAAGAACAGUGGGAAACCAGUCGAGGCAUUAAGAAGCGUAACUCUAUGCCGCGUCUUCGGGAUGCAUAUGACAGGGAGCCUGGCCACGAGCCGUACAUUGUGAAGAAGAUUACAGACAGCAGUGUACAGACUGAUGAGGAGGAUGGUGAAGAGCGCUUCUAUGCAUCCCGGCGGCGCCGUACCCGGCGCAGCACUGACUGUAGUGUUCAGACAGAUGAGGAAGAUAAUGCCGAGUGGGAACAGCCGGUGCGGCGGCGGCGCUCCCGCUUCACCCGACAUUCGGACUCCGGAGCGGAGAGCAAACAAGACUCCGCCACAAAAGGCAUGGCCAGCAUAGCGAUCCAAACCAUCAGCGACUGUUCCGUGCAAACUGAACCCGACCAGCUCCACAGAGUGUCUCCCUCCAUUCACAUCACCACUCCUGACCCCAGGGUGGAGAUAGUGAAGUACAUCUCUGCCCCUGAGAAGACCCAACGAGGAGAGAGCCUGGCCUGCCAGACGGAGCCAGAAGCUCAGCCCCAGCCAGGCAUUGUGGUCCCUCAGCUCACCGUGCCUACAACAAUUACGCCUUAUUCCUCCAACAUCCAAAUUGUAAGCACAGGUCCCCUGGAUCCACAUGUAGUCCGACAGCAAGCGCUAGCGAAGAAAAAGCCUGACCCUCUGGAAAUUGGCUACCAGUCCCACCUGCCUACAGAUUCCUUGUCUCAACUGGUUUCUCGCCAGCCUCCCAAAUCGCCCCAGGUGCUCUACUCCCCAGUCUCUCCCAUCUCCCCUCAUCGGCUGCUAGAGUCAUCAUUCACAACCAGUGAAAGGCUCAACAAAGCCCAUGUGACCCCACAGAAGCACUUCACAGCUGACUCUGCCCAGCGCCAGCAGACUCUGCCUCGCCCAAUCAAAACCAUGCAGAGGUCCUUAUCUGAUCCCAAGCCCAUCAGUCCAACAUCAGAGGAGUCUGCAAAGGACAGGUUUUCCUUGUAUCAGCAUACAUUGCUUGCUGGAAGCCAGAUGUCCGCUCUGCAGUCCAACACCCUCACUCGAAAGGUGAAACGAACGCUGCCCAGUCCCCCUCCAGAAGAAGCUCACCUCCCUUUGGCCAGCCAAGCCCACUCACAGAUGUACAUGCCCGGCCUUAUGCAGAAAGGAAUGGGAGUGCAGGCCAUUCAAGUGACUAAAGCUGGCCUCCUCAAAGACAUUGACCGGGACUUGAAGCUGGUGGAGCACGAGUCUACUAAGCUGCGGAAGAAACAAGCUGAGCUGGAUGAGGAAGAGAAAGAGAUCGAUGCCAAGCUGAAGUACUUGGAGCUGGGAAUCCAUCAAAGAAAGGAGUCUUUGUUGAAGGAUCGGAAUGUGCGUGAUUAUCCCUAUCUGCGAUGCCUGGGAGAGAACAGGGAUUACAUGUCUGACAGUGAGCUAAACAACCUCCGCCUUUCCAGCUACGAGACUGGCAGCCUCCUGGCUAGACCCAGCACUGCUCCUUCUAAUCAAUAUGCCGAUUUCUCCAGCACACAGUACACAUCCGCCUCCUCCUAUACUCCAUAUCAGUAUUCCUCAGGACAGGCUGCCCCGCCAGCCCAAGCCACAUUCCAGCAAACAAGAUUUCAGCCCCCGCACUAUCCUGCAGCUAGCAAUAGCCCUGCUCAAAAUGGUUUCCAGGCCAGCCAGAUGCCUGCCUAUCCUUCCCAAACAACGUAUCAGCCGCACAGCUUCACUCCAAGCACCGGGUAUCAAUCCGAUUUGGGCCUGCAGAGCCAUCAAGGCUUCCGGCCCCCUUACCAAGCUCAGACCACGUAUUCCAGCCAGACACCUUUGCAGUCUGCUCAGAGCACUCUCUUUCAAACCCACGCAGACACACACACAACCUCCCAGAAGCCGCGGCAGACAUCUCUAGCUGAUCUAGAACAGAAGAUCCCCACCAAUUAUGAAGUGAUCAGUAAUCCCAUUGUGGUGAUUUCUGCUGCAACGCCAGAAGUUACAUAUAGCACCACAACAGUUACCAGCAGCUAUGACCAAUACAAAGCCCCAGAGGGAAGGCCAACAGACAGGAGUGGUGCAGUUCAAAGUCCCUCCACCAGCUAUUCCUCCGACUCUCUCUACACCAACCUGGAGCAAAACAUUCCUCGGAACUAUGUAAUGAUUGAUGAUAUCAGUGAACUGACCAAAGAGAGCACCACAGGGGAGGGCCAGAAAGGAGAUUUGCACUCACAGAGCAGCAAUGGCCGGCAUGGUAAAGAAAAGGGUGACCUGGCAGAUGCAGACAUCUCCAGUAGGCCUUGCUGCUAUUCUAAGGGAGAAGAAGAGUCUGAGGAAGAUAUGUACGAUCAUCAUGGCCCUGACUACCGAGGGAAGAACUACCACAGGGGCCCAGAGAGCAAUGGCAGGAUGGCUGGUAGCUCUGGUUCCUACUACUAUGGUGACAGUGAUUACAGGCAUUCCUCUCGCCCAGAAAAGCAUGGGUCCAGUGUGGGAAUGCAGAAACACACUUCUAAAAACUUGGCCCCAGCUGUCAUCUCUUCCAAGCGCAGCAAGCAUCGGAAGCAAGGUAUGGAGCAGAAGAUAUCCAAAUUCUCCCCUAUAGAAGAAGCCAAAGAUGUGGAAUCAGACCUGGCCUCCUAUACAGUAACCACGUCAGUCAGUAGCAGCAGCGUAGCAUCCAGAGCCAAGAAGAUGCAAGAUGAUAUUACUUAUGGCCUCAAGAAGAAUGUAUAUGAUCAGCAGAAGUACUAUGGCAUGUCCAGCAGGGAUAUGAUGGAAGAGGAUGAUAGAGCAUAUAGUGGUGGACGAUCCAGGUCUUCUGGUUAUGUGUCAGAAAAACUGUCAAGCCGAGAGGUCAGCAGCAGGAGCAGAUCCUAUGAGAGAGAGAGCAUGGAGAGGCCUCCAAAAGGAAGCUCCAAACCUUCUUCUCUUAGUAUGGGUCAGAGUCGUGGGCGACCUCCAAUUCGCACACAGACUUCAGAAGAGGAAAGCCCUAUCAGUCCUUUGGGGAAAUCUGUGGGCGUGUCACGGUCCUCUGGUGGACCCCUCCCUCAGUCUGCUGGAGACAGCUGCUCCCAGUUCUGCUCCAGUCACUCAUUGCCUGAUGUACAAGAACAUAUCAAAGAUGUGCCAAGAACCCACUAUUACAAGCAUGAAGAAGGUUAUAUCAUGGAUGAUUCACACUGUGUUGUUUCAGACAGUGAAGCCUAUCACUUGGGUCAGGAGGAGACAGACUGGUUUGAUAAGCCGAGGGAACCUCGCUCAGAGAGGAUGAGGCAUUAUGGUGGCCACUCCUCAUCCUCCCAGAAGAGGGGUACAGUAAAACAUACUUAUCAUGACUAUGAUGAACCUCCAGAUGAAGACUUGUGGCAUCAUGAUGACUACUCCCACCCACGUCAUACCUCUUCCAAAGAACAUCGACACCAUGGAGAUUAUGGGAGGCAUACUUCAUCCUCCCGGCACUCCAGUGAUGAUCUGCCAAGGAGAUCAUCGAGACAACAUCCAAGAGAUCCAGGUCGCCAUGAAUCACGUGGACAUGGACAACCCUCUUCCCAGAAGAAAGCUCAGCAAGCAGAUAUGAGAACUCAGCCAGGUUAUCCUUCCAGCACUUCAGAAUAUUCCCAGCAGUCCCGGCAGCCAUCUGGCUACCAUCAUACCUCAGAGUCCCAAAAACCGCAGAGGCAGGUGCAACAUGGGCCAUCAUCUCAGCAGCCAAAAUCAGAGCCGCUUUCCCAUCCGCAGCAACAACAGCAGCAGCAAACGAGGCAGCAACAAGCAGGACAGCAGCAGCAGGCUUCAGCCAGGCAGCAACCACAGUCAGGCAGACAGCCUCAGCCGCACCCAACAGCUCCUUCACAGCAGUCUUCUCAGCAGCAGCCCCAGCAAGCCAGGAUGCAGCAGCAGCAUCAACAGCAGCAACAGCCACCGCAGCAGCAACAGCAGCAGCAGCAACAACAACAGCAGCAACAGCCACCGCAGCAGCAACAGCCGCUGCAGCAACAGCCACCACCGCCGGGGACCCAAGCCCAACCCUCCACACGGCCAGCCCAACAGCAGCCUGGGCAGCCCCAGCCGCUAGGCAAACCACAGUCAACCGUCCAAGCACAACCUAGCGCACACCAAGCAGGACCACCUAAAACAGAACAGACAGAUGCAUCCAAGCCUACCACAAAAGUGCCACAGGUGGGGAGAGCACCCCAAACACAGCCACAGGGAACAAUCGCAGGAGGCAUUAAGCUGGGUCCUAAGCCAGCUGGAGCGCCCACUUCUGCCAGCGCAGCAGCUGGUCAGCCGGGAGCAGAAGGAGAGAGCGUCUUCUCCAAAAUUCUGCCAGGAGGUGCAGCAGAACAAGCAGGCAAAUUGACUGAAGCUGUGUCAGCUUUUGGCAAAAAAUUCACAUCGUUUUGGUGAGAGAAUGCCACCAGGAGUUUUGGAGAAUACAUGAAGAUCACAUCACUGCAGUGGAAAAACCUAUGAAGAAUAAAGUGGAUUCAGUCUGCUGCUCCGGACUCUGGGUAUAAGACUUUUGAAACCAUGGAAAACCCCUAGGCUGUGAGACUGAAUGUGGAAGAGGUGUUUACGUGUACAUCUGCCUGUGGAUCCCAUAAGAAACUCCUUGAGGACAUCUGAGCCAACGGUCACAAAGGGCUUUCAGAAGCCACCUGUUGUCGACAUCGUGGU